AUGGAAGACAAUCAUGAAAGCAAAAAUGAAAGUUUUGCCUUCUUUCUUUUAUUCUCAAUUAAAGUGCACAGUAUUAUUGCUGCCAAGUUUUCAAACUUAAGUAGUAAAGAAAUUUCGAAUAUUAUUUUAAAAUUAUGGUCAUGCUUACCUGAAAUUUCAAAAACAGAAUAUAAAAUAAAGAUAUCUGGUCACACAUAUUUUGGAAUAACUUGUCAUUGGAUUACAUAUGAUUUCAAAUUAAUUGAAGUUGUACUUGAAGUGAUGAAUUUUUCAGGAUCAGAACUUUUUGAAAAACUUCAAUUAUCUAAAUUUAGAUUGGCUCAUGAAAAUAUUGUUAGCAUUACUGUUAACAAUGAAGACAAUGAUAAUGUGAAAACAGCUUUGUCACAAAUGCAAUUUGAAAUUAUUCCAUGUUUGCCAAAUAUUUUGCGAAUUAGCCCUUCAAUUCAAUAUUUAUAUGAGACUCUUAAUAACAAUAUAUUAGGUAUUAGUAGAGAAGAAGAAACUCUAAAAGAAAAUAUAUUAUCUGAUGAUGAAUUUGAUAUAUGUAGAGAACUUGAUAUUAUUUUAAAGCUAUUUUAUGAAUUAACUGAAAUGUUAGAAGGUUCAAAAUAUCCUGCAUUAAGUGUAGUAACUCCAGCAAUUAAAAACCUAAAGCAACGUCUAAGUAUUUAUCAACUUCGAAAUGAUGUAAUUCAGCAGAUAAUAAAUAAUAUACUAGAUAAACUUAGAAAGAACUGUGAUGUGCCUUCGACUCUAGGACUUUAUAGGUCUUUUUUUGAUCAUUAUUUCAAAAAUUUACUUUAUGCUAACGAGGAAUUAUGUCACACAAUUAUUAAUAAUCUUCGAAAACAAUAUACGAAACUCACAAAUCUAACAUUCAACUCUAUAAUAGCAAUAAAAAAAGAAGAUUCGAAAAUGUUACAAUUUUUCCAGACAUUUGAUGAGGAAAAUUAUAGGCAAACAGAAUUUGAUAAGUAUCUUGAAUUAAUUCAAUUGCCUGUAAUGGAAGAAAAUAAUUCUUUGAGAUGGUGGAGUCAGAAUAAAUAUUUGUUUGCUACAUUGGCAAAGCUUGCUAGAAAAUACUUAUCAAUUCCCGCCUUUUCUGCACCCAACAGAGGCAAUGGAGUUAAUGUUUUCAUUUCAAGUGGUUAUUCUCCAAUUUUAUUACGAAACAGUGAGAAUGUAAUUUCAAAAAAUAUGAUUAAGGAAUUGCCUGGAUUAAAUAUAAAAAUUCCAGCAUUUAUUUUAAAUACAGCAGCAAACACAUCUUAUAAUGAAAAAACAUACAAUCAUUUAAGCAAUCAUCAAGUUUCAAGUUUAAUUGGAUAUUUGUGGAGUAAAUUAACUUCAGAACUCAGAGAAGAGUAUCAACAACAAGCUAAAAAAAUCAAAUUAGAUUACCAAAAACAGAAUAAAGGUAAAUAUACAUAUAAGAAAAGAUCAUCUAAUAAAAAAACAAGAGAUGUUUCUAAGAAGAAAAAAUUGACUCAAGUUUCAAAUACUAAGGAAAUUUCAUUAUCCAGCUCUACUGAAAAUAAUGAAGAAUUGUUAACAGACAAUCUAGAAAAAAUAUUUAAUUUUCCUUUAGAUAGGUUUAUAUCAAAAGAGUUAAGUAAAAAAAAUAUGAAUAAUAUCAAAAAGAAUUAUUAUGAAGACUUAAGUGAAAGAAAUAAUGUCAAAAAUACUCAUUCAGAAGAAUUAAGUGAAAUAAAUAAUGCCCAAGAAACUUAUUCUGAAAAGUCAAAUGAAAUAAAUAAUUUUCAAAAAUCUUAUUCUGAAGAGAAUAAUGAUAAUGCAUUAUUUGAUUAUCAACAACUUUUCAGUUUUCUAUCAGAAUAUGAUAUUUUUGGCUUAGACACAUCAAAUCAACUUCCAUUAACAGGCAUUGAUGGAUGGCAGUCAACAGAAAAAUUAGAAAAUCCUUCCACAAUAAUUUAUAGAGAGCAGUCAACAGAAAAAUUAGAGAAUCCUUCUGAGCUGAUUUAUGAUGAGAGGUCAACAGUUGAUCAUUCUGUGUAUUCUAUAGAAAAUAUAGAAAGCAGAUUAGAAACAGCAGGUAAUAUGCCAAA